UCGGGUCUGGUUGAAGGUCAGUGACAGAAUGCCCAGGGUCUGGAUUAACCCAUUCUUGAGGCUGUGGUUGACAAUAGUGCUAUGUGAUAGGUACAAUCCUUUGGAGGUGACUUCUGCGACCUCCACGGUGGUCGGGAUUGCGGGGAGGGAAGUGCCGGAGCUGGAGCGUCUCAUUUUGGAUAGCAAUUACCUGACCAAUCUGUGGCCCUUCAGACAAGUGGAGCGGCGCUUUCCCCGACUUCAGAAACACAAGGAUAUGGAGAACGUCGAUUCAUUGCGGGGCUUACAGUUUCUUCCUCUAACGGAGCUGAACCUGCAGAACAAUCCUUUGCCCGCCGUUUACGAAAAGGAAGUGCGAGAUAUUUGGCCAAGUUUACAACUGACUCCUGACCCGGAAAUGAUGUGAUUAGUAGUAAGAGUUUUGCAACAUACCGACAUUAAUAGAAGGAUUCUGAGGCUAAACGAAGUCGAUUUUAUCCGAGCUGUUUCAUGUAUAAUGGAGCUCAAGCAAUUCCCCUUGAGUUCAAAGAUCUCUGUAUGGGUUUAA